AUGGCGCAGUCGUGGCUCUUCGGAUUAAGCAAGUACCCUUCUUCUUCUCCCGCUGCGUUCAAUGACUGCCCCUCAAUUUGCAGCUCUCGCCCUAUUGACCAUCGCAAAACACGCCCAAUUGACGCAUCCAAUUCAUCUGACGCGCUGCGCCUGUAUUACCAGAACGUGCGUGGUUUGAAAUCAAAGAUUUGUGAGUGCUUCGUUGCUACAUCAGAGCUCGGCUACGAAAUCUACUCAUUCACCGAAACCUGGCUCGAUUCUUCAGUACCGUCUAGUCAGCUGUACGGCUCAGAUUAUAAUGUAUUUCGUUGUGACAGAAGUAGUGUCAAUAGUCGUCGUAGCAGGGGUGGCGGAGUACUUAUAGCGGUGUUAAACAAGUUCAGCGCAUCAUUGGUUACUUUGACUAAUAACAAUUGCAUAGAAGCUUUGUGGGUGAAAGUUUCUCAUGCUCAUAGUUCGUUUUUAAUUGGUACAGCAUAUAUUCCACCGGAAAAAAGUCAAGAUGGAUCAAUUAUCGAUCAGCUUGUUGAUGGCUUAUCUGAAGUUAGAUUGCAACAUCCUUCGUGCAGCGUUAUUCGUCUUGGUGACUUCAACCAACCGCAAUUGACGUGGAUUCGUGGUGACAGUAACAGUAUGAUGAUAGACUCUACUUCAGUAUUAACAUCGGCUAGUGCAUCACUUUUGGAUGGAAUGCAACUGAAUGGAAUGGAUCAAAGAAACUCUCUACGCAAUUCUCAAAACCGAACGCUGGACUUGGUUUUUACGGACGAUUCUAUCUCAAUAAGCUCGGUCACUGAGGCCAUCGAUGCCGUUGUUCCGAUUGACACGUACCAUCCUCCGUUCAAUUUUGAUAUCUCUUCUCCAGACCCUAUCGUUUUUGAUGAGGCGUUCGAUACUUCAGCUCGCAACUUCAAUCGCGCAGAUUUUUACACGAUGAAUCGAGUGCUUUCUGAAAUCAAUUGGACGGAUUUCCUCAAUUGUACGGACGUUGAUAUUGCCGUGAGAGUAUUUAGCUCAAUUUUGGAUGAUGUUUUUAACAACUCAGUACCCUUGGUGCGACCUCUUCUUCGACCUCCCUGGAGUAGAUAUACAACAACCAUUCAGUCGAACCAAUUUAUUCGGAACAACUGGCUUUGUGGUGGAAUGAAGCUUAAAACCGAAUGCGUGAGAUUUAUUUCUAACAACAGCGAAAACAACUACAACAACAACAACAACCGACAGCCUAACAACAAUCUGGCACCCUUUUAUGUUGCUAAUGAUGGGAAAGUUGUAUUGUUGCUGGCUGAGGCCGAGGAAAUCCAUCCGGGCGUAAUUAUCCUGCCGAUCCUGCUGAAAGGUACUUCCAUUUGGUCCUUCGAACCGGAUGCCCGUCGAACUCCGAGCAUCCGGAACCUAUACACGAUUUACGGAAGUCAUCUACAACACCUCCACGUUCCCGGAUUUGGAUUCGUUCCUGCUGUAAUAAAAAUACAAGGCAAUCUAAUUGCCUCUAGAAGCCUAGAGACUUCUUUCAACCUCAUCAAGGUUUUCGUCGACAACUACGACGAAGACACUCAAUCAGUUGAAGUCCCCGUGAGGCUAGAGAAUCUCGGUGUUCUCUGGGCAGACUACUCCAAGACCCAAGCUGAGCUGGAAGCUUCCGAUGUCGACGACAUGGCAAUCGUCGAGCAGCAAUUCAAGCAGCGAUCGCAUUUCGAGACAGAAUACUACAGAGUGAAGGGAUUCUUGCUGGCCGUAAAUAAACAUGCUUCGACUCCGUAUUCUCAUCCUGUUCAGUCCCAUGCGCACUUCCCUGCUUCCUCCCAGAUACGGCUACCCGACGUAAAGCUCCCCGUGUUCAACGGGUCGUUAGAGCAAUGGUUAAACUUCCACGAUCUUUUCGUUUCUUUGGUGCACUCAUCAAGUGAUUUAUCUAACAUCCAAAAGUUUUAUUAUUUGAGAUCGUCGUUGAGUGGAGAUGCCCUUAAGUUAAUCCAAACUAUUGCAAUCAGUGCCAAUAACUAUCCCGUCGCCUGGAAUCUUCUCAUUGAGCAUUUUCAAAAUCCAUUACGCUUAAAACAAACUUAUGUUGACUCGUUGUUCGAAUUUUCGCAACUUAAGAAAGAAUCAGCUUCAGAUCUUCAUUCGUUGGUCGAAAGGUUUGAAGCUAACGUUCGAAUCCUAAAGCAGCUUGGAGAAAGAACUGAAUAUUGGGACAUUUUGCUCAUCCGAAUGCUGAGUAUCCGCCUUGAUUCAACAACUCGUCGAGAUUGGGAAGAGUUUGCGUCGGCGAAAGAGUCAACUACAUUCCAAGAUCUGGUAGGCUUUCUUCAACGACGAGUUACGGUUCUGCAGUGCAUGAGCAAUGGCCAGCAAGAGCAUUCAGCAACGACUUCAGCGAAAAAAUCGACUUCUCGUCCUCCACUCGUUAGCCACGGAGCAACUCAGUUCAACUAUCGGCAGUGUUUCGCUUGCUCCGACCAUCACCCUUUGUAUCAGUGUCCAGUUUUCUCAAAAAUGACCUCCGAAGACAAAGAAAAACUUGUGCGCCGCCAACAGCUUUGUCGAAAUUGUCUACGGAAGGGCCAUGUGGUUCGAAACUGUUCGUCGAAGAACACCUGCCGGAAAUGCCGAGGACGACACCAUAGCCAGCUGUGCAGCGACGAUCGCACUCAUCAGGAGCGCCUCAACCAGCGAGUCGAAGCAAGCGCAACGACGGAGACCAAUGCGGCUUGCGAAGCAGCUUCACCAUCACUGUCAGCCGCGAUUCACAACCCAGGGACUGGUCGUCUUUCUAACAGGGUGAUUCUCGCAACAGCAGUGGUCACUUUGGUCGACGAUCACGGCAACUCACACGUAGCAAGGGCACUGCUGGACUCAGGAAGCGAGUGCAGCUUCAUUACUGAGUCAUUUUCUCAACGGCUUCGGAUUCAUCGGCAAAAGGUUCAUCUCUCGAUCUCCGGAAUUGGUCACUCUUCUACACAUGCCCGUCUGAAGCUCCGCACCACAGUACGCUCACGCACCACCCGGUUUUCCACCAUCGUCGAAUUGCUUGUGCUUCCGAAACUCACCCUAAAUCUACCGUCGACAACCAUGGACGUUUCGAGCUGGGGUUUUCCGGAGGGAAUUCAGCUAGCAGAUCCAGCUUUCUACCAGUCAAAUCCCAUCGACGUGGUUCUGGGCGCUGAAAUAUUCUUCGACGUCUUCAAACCAUCAGGCAGAAUAUCACUUGGAGAUGGGCUUCCGAUGCUGGUGAAUUCGGUUUUUGGCUGGGUGGUCUCUGGGAAGGUAAUGCAGUCCAAUCACCUCAAGACUAUUUCCUGCAACGUCGCUACAGUGGCGGACAUCCAACGAUUCAUGCAACGGUUUUGGGCGAUUGAGGAGGAAAGCGCCGUUCCUAGUCUCUCGGUAGAAGAAGCGGCGUGCGAGGAGCAUUUUCGUCGUACAGUUCAACGUGCGCCAGAUGGCCGGUAUAUUGUGCGAUUGCCGUUGAAGGAAGCGGCAGACAACAUAGGCGACAACUGCAACACUGCGCGACGUCGAUUUCACAUGAUCGAAUCUCGCCUUCAACGCAACAAGGAGCUGCAGAUUCAGUAUCGGGACUUCAUGGCAGAAUACGAAACCCUUGGCCACAUGCAUCGAGUGGCGGACACAGCUGGAUCCGAUUCUUCCCGGUACUACUUACCCCAUCAUCCUGUGAUUCGAGAAACGAGCUCCACACCCAAAGUCCAAGUUGUUUUCGACGCAUCGUGUAAAUCUGCAACCGGAAAAUCUCUGAACGAUGUGCUUAUGGUAGGCGCAGUAAUUCAAGACGAUCUGAGAGCCAUCAUAUUGAGGUCCAGGCUCCACCAGGUCAUGCUCAUCGCUGACAUUAAGCAGAUGUAUCGUCAAGUGCUGGUCGACGAUAGAGACACUCCACUGCAGCGGAUUUUUUGGCGGAAUUCCCCCGAGGAACCUCUACAGACUUUCGAGCUAAAAACGGUCACCUACGGCACGGCCAGCGCACCGUUUCUCGCUACCAGGGUACUUCAGCAGUUAGCCGAUGACGAAAACCAGAACUUUCCCAAAGCAUCCAAAAUUCUGAAGCGCGAUGUUUACGUCGACGAUCUGUUCACCGGAGGCAGCUCACCAGAAGAAGUAUCAGAACUACGAACUCAACUUGAUCAUCUUUGCAGAAGGGGCGGACUUGAGUUCCGCAAAUUCGCCUCAAACGUGGAAUCGGUUCUCGACGGCAUUUCUCCCGAAAGGCGUGCCAUUCAAUCUUCGGUCGAGCUCGCAGCAGACCAGUGCAUCAAAACCCUGGGUCUACACUGGGAACCAACAGCCGACAACUUACGGUUCCACAUCCAACUCCUGAAGCAACCACCAGACACCCUUAUGACGAAACGAAUCGCUCUGUCACAAAUCGCACAACUUUUCGAUCCGUUAGGCCUGGUUGGGCCAGUCAUCGUAACCGCUAAGAUAUUUAUGCAGACGCUGUGGAGCCUUACAUCCGAAGACGACAAACCUUGGGGCUGGGAUCAACCGCUACCAGAUUCUCUCGCCACUUACUGGAUCAACUACUACUCGCAGUUGCCUUUGCUUGAGCAACUCAGAAUCCCUCGAUGUGUUGUUUUGCCCGAUCCAUGUAACAUUCAGCUUCACCUCUUUUCGGACGCAUCGGAACAAGCAUAUGGCGCCUGUGCAUAUCUUCGAUCGACCGACGCUUCCGGGAAUGUUCUGGUAACCUUGUUGACAGCCAAAUCUAAAGUUUCACCGUUAAAAAGGCGCAGCAUUCCUCGACUCGAGCUCUGCGGAGCACUAGAAGCGGCUCAACUGUACCAAAAGGUCUGCUCCGCCUUCGGAUCGAGGUUUACGACAUUCUUCUGGGUCGACUCUACUACCGUUCUUGCCUGGCUUAAGUCUAGCCCAUCUGUUUGGACUACCUUUGUGGCUAACAGAGUGUCCAAAAUCCAGCUUGCUACGGUGGACAAUUCCUGGAACCAUGUUGCAGGGCAACAGAACCCUGCAGACCACAUCUCUAGAGGCAUCGAGGCAGGAACGAUUCUUUCGUGCGACCUUUGGUGGAAAGGUCCUCAAUGGCUUCAAUUUGAACCAUCGUUCUGGCCUGUUAAUCAGAAUGAUCAAUCAUUUGAGACGCAGCUUGAAUCUCGUUCUUCCCCGAUCAAACUUCUGGCAUCAACAGCAGACCCUUCCUUCGUUGAUCUUUUCGUCGAACGCUUUUCCUCCUUCCAACAUAUGCUCCGUGUAGCGGCAUUCUGUUUACGGAUCUCCGUGAACCGCAACCAACCGAAGCUCACCACCAUUCUUACACCGACCGAAAUCCAAAAUGCUGAAUUUUCCCUAAUACGAUUAGUCCAGCUCCAAGAAUUCGCCAGUGAAAUCAGCGCGCUUCGAGACUCGAAACCCAUCCACACCAAAUCACGGCUCCGAUGGUUCUCUCCGUUCCUCGAUCCUCACGGAGUAAUGCGUGUGGGAGGCAGGCUUGACAAAGCACCACUAACCUACGACAGCAAGCACCAGAUUCUGCUCCCAUAUCAUCAUCGUUUUUCGGCGUUACUCGUCCAAUGCUACCACGAACGAAAUCUACAUGCUUCACCGCAACUACUGGUCGGACUUCUUCGCCUACGAUAUUGGAUCAUAGGGGCCAGGAAUCUGGCCAAAAACAUCGUACAUCGCUGCACCAUUUGCUUCCGAGCUCGCCCUAAAUUGGUUGAACAAUUUAUGGCUGAGCUGCCCAAGGAACGGAUCACAGCCACUCGUCCAUUCACGGUAACGGGGGUUGAUUAUUGGGGCCCAAUCCUGCUGAAGCAUCCACAUCGGCGAGCCUCCCCAACAAAGGCAUUUGUGGCAGUCUUUGUCUGCUUUUGCACUAAAGCUGUACAUAUCGUACUGGUGUUCGACUUGACAACAGCAAAGUUCAUUCAGGCCUUGCGACGAUUCGUAUCUCGUCGAGGCCCACCUUCCGACAUCUUCUCUGAUAAUGGCCGAAACUUUCUCGGAGCCAAGAAUGAACUGAAACGACUUAUUCGCCAGCCAGACUAUUCGCGCAAGGUUGACCAGGAGUGCUCAGUCUGUAACAUCAAAUGGCACUUCAAUCCGCCUAGAGCAUCCCAUUUCGGUGGACUUUGGGAAUCUGCAAUUCAUUCUGCCCAGAAACAUUUCAUCCGUAUUGUCCGGGACAGACCACUUUUCUACGACGACAUGCAGACUCUCCUGUGUCAAAUUGAAAGUUGCCUCAACUCUCGUCCUCUUGUUCCCCUGAGCGACGAUCCAACGGAUUAUGAGCCAUUGACACCCGGGCACUUUCUUGUCGGCUCUGCAUUAAAGGCUGCUCCGGAUGACGAGCUCAGUGAGAUUCCGUUCAACUGCUUAAAAAAUUGGCAACAAAUCCAAAAACUGCUUCAGGAUCUCUGGCGAAGGUGGCAUCUAGAAUACAUAAAUACAUUACAACCAAGAAGCAAAUGGGUGCACUCACCUGUUUCCAUCAAGGAAAACCAGCUCGUCCUGUUGAAGGAAGAUAACACUCCACCGAUGCGUUGGCCGACGGCAAGAAUAGUACAGACCCAUCCUGGCAGCGACGGAGUAGUCAGAGUGGUCACUCUGAGGACAGCGAAAGGAUCCUGUACACGACCGGUGUCCAAAAUCUGCCUGCUGCCGAUUGCACCAUCGUUGGAGGAAUCAAUCACACCAUCCAGCGCUGAGCAAUCAACACCAGACGAGAUUCGUGCUUGA